UUUUUUUUUCAAGUCUACAGUGGAAGCAUGUUCUGUAUCAAACCGUGCAAAAGCUCAUGGAAGAGCAAAAGGACGUUUCAAAUGACAAGGGGCUAGACGUCGACAAUGAUAGCAACACUGACCCAAGAAAGCAGGCCAAUUCUCUCUUAGAGGAUUCUGAAUAUGUUGAGGCGGUGUUUGAAAAGCUAUCGACGCAUCUACUGGACUUGUUUUCCUGCUUAUUGUGCCAAAUUACCGGGGAUAGGAGGUUCCAGGAAAUUAUUUCAUUGCAAAGAAAAUUGUCAAGACUGUAUAAGAGGUCUAUCAAAAAGGACACUUCAUAUUUGCACAAGAGAAGGAACUCCAAAAAAAUGGAUCAACUAUUGCUACAAAUCUCCGAACUGUCACAGCGGGUGGAGACAAUCACGGAAAAAGAUAUUCUUAGAUCGUCCAAAGAGGCAAACUGGCCUUCCUUCAUAGUUGAGAAGGCCAGGGGCAGAUUUGAGUUGGAAAUAGGUGCAGAACACUAG